GUAGCGCACGUUGGUAAACUAACGAAUGCGAUAAACUGUGAACUAAACUUUAUAGGUGAUUGAUGAUGUAGUAAAGUUGUAAAUUGAUGCCUAAUUUUAAAAUGGCGUUUUAAAAAACAUUUUUAAUAAACUGUUACAAAGUUUAAAAAAAAUUUAUAUAAUGCAGUUAGUGUUUAAUUAAUUAUGUCUAGUAAUAAUAAGAGGAAAGAGAUACCAGCCGAAGUAGAUAUUAUACCAAUAAUAGACAUUGACAAAAAAAACGAAAAAACCGCAAAUAAUAAUUUUAAUAUGAGUGGUUUAGAUGAACCUAAAACGAUGCCAAAUAUUAAAUAUAUCGCUAGUCCACAUGAUCCACAUUUAAUUGCACGUGUGAAAGAGUUUUUGGAAUUAAAUGCAGAACAACGUCAAGUUGAUAUUGUUGAAAUGGCCGAUUAUUUACAAGCAAAAUAUAGAGAGUAUACCAGAAGGAAGCGUCGGCCAUUUCAAGCUUAUGUAAAGAAUGCUUAUGAAAUGCUGUUGGACGAGUAUAAACGACAAAAUGUAACAACGUCUUGGUCGGAUGAUGAAGAUGAUGAAGAGGAUGAUGAUGACGUUAUUGAAAAUGAAAAUCCGAGGUCCAAUCAUUUGAAUGAUGGUUUGAUGAAAUUGUAUCAACAAAAGUUAGUUCCACAGGGUGAAACAAUAAAUAUAACAAUAAGCAGUGACGAAGAGGAAGAAACUUUAGAAAAUGUUGAUCCUAAAAAAAGUGAUAAUAAUGGCUCGGAAGCAAGUAUCAAAUCUACAGAUCGUGAACCAGGUGAAAUUCCAAGAGGAUUAUGUAACAUUGAUAAGAGUUUGAAAGUGAAAGUAAUUGAAAGACUUCCUCAAUCAAACAAAGAAAUUGAUCGUAAAAGAAAAUUACCAUUAUCAACAUUGAGCCAGACCCCAGCAAAACGAAAACGAGAUCUGAACAUUGUUGAUUCAAAAACCACAUUCAAAGAUGUUGGAGGUAUUGACAAUAUUUUAGAAGAUGUUUGUAAACUACUCGUACACAUUAAAUACCCAGAAAUCUAUAGAAAAAUUGGUGUGACUCCACCACGAGGAUUUUUAUUACAUGGUCCACCAGGUUGUGGUAAAUCAUUAUUAGCCAAUGCAAUUGCCGGUGAACUUUCAGUUCCUUUAUUAAAAGUAGCAGCACCAGAAUUAGUUGCCGGUAUUUCCGGUGAAUCUGAAGAACGUAUACGAAAUUUAUUUGAACAAGCUGCUGAAAUUGCGCCAUGUGUUUUAUUUAUUGAUGAAGUUGAUGCAAUUACCCCAAACCGCGAACAAGCUCAACGUGAAAUGGAACGGCGUAUCGUUGCACAAUUAUUAUCAUGUUUAGAUGACUUAACUCAGCAUGAAAAUGGUGAUCGAGUAUUGGUAAUUGGAGCAACAAAUCGUCCAGAUGCUAUUGACCCGGCGUUGAGAAGAGCUGGACGAUUUGAUAGAGAAGUUACUAUGGGUAUUCCUGAUACUAAAGCUCGGGCAAAUAUUUUACGAGUUUUAUGUAAAAGCUUAAAACUUGAAUCUGAUUUUGAUUACAAUUCGUUGGCGUCACUAACACCAGGAUUUGUUGGAGCGGACCUGAUGUCAUUAGUACGUGAAGCUGCUAUGGUUGCCGUUGACAGGGUAAUUAAAGAUUUAAAAGCUACACCAACAAAAAAUGAGGAUGAUGUAGAAAGUGCCUCGGCAUCGGUAGUGGAAAAUGGUGAGGCAGCUAAAGAAUCCGAACCUAAAACACCUGUAGUACAAGAAAACAAAGAUGUAAAUAAUGAAAAUGUUGCAACAUCUUCUUCAGCGGAUACAAUACAAAAGUCUCGAAAUGAUGAAUUAGUUGAAUGGUUACAUAGUUCAGUUCAACUUACUGAAGAACAAUUAUCUGCUGUUCAUAUUGAAAGCACAGAUUUUCAGAAGGCUUUAAGUUCUGUACAACCAUCAGCAAAACGUGAAGGUUUUGCUACAGUUCCAGGCGUAACAUGGGAUGAUGUGGGAUCACUGAUUGAAAUCAGGGAAGAACUAAAAUUAGCGAUAUUGGCUCCGGUAAGACAUGCUGACCAAUUUGAAGCAAUGGGUCUAACAACACCAACUGGAGUUCUAUUAUGUGGACCACCGGGUUGUGGAAAAACAUUACUGGCAAAAGCGAUUGCGAAUGAAGCGGGUGUUAACUUUAUAUCUGUUAAAGGACCAGAACUUUUAAAUAUGUAUGUUGGUGAAAGUGAACGCGCUGUAAGAUUAUGCUUUCAACGAGCACGGAAUUCAGCUCCUUGUGUUAUAUUUUUUGAUGAACUUGAUGCAUUGUGUCCAAAACGUUCUGAAAAUAAUGAAAGCGGUGCAAGUAUGCGUGUAGUAAAUCAGAUGUUGACUGAAAUGGAUGGUGUUGAAGGUCGUCGAGGUGUAUUCUUAAUGGCUGCUAGCAAUAGACCAGAAAUUAUCGAUCCAGCUGUUUUACGACCCGGCCGUUUUGAUAAAAUUUUAUAUGUUGGUUUACCAACAGCCAAUGAUCGUGUGGAUAUAUUACGAGCUGUUACUAAAAACGGAACUCGACCUAAAUUAGCACCCGACGUUAAUUUAGAAUUGAUUGGUAGAUCUGAACAAUGUAAUGGCUACACAGGAGCAGAUUUAGCUGCGUUAGUACGUGAAGCUGGUGUACUAGCAUUACGAGAAUUUAUCAUAUCCGAAGGAAAAUCUGAUGGAAAUAAUAUAGCUGUAACUACAGCACAUUUUGAACAAGCUAUACGAAAAAUUCGACCAUCAGUCACUGAUAAGGAUCAAAAACAUUAUGAAAAAUUAAAAAAAAUAUAUUCAGUAACACAAGUACCAACGGAAGAGGAAAUUGAAGAUGUUCAAAUGGAUGAUGCUUGAAUAUAAUUAUCGAAUUAUUUGUACUUAGGAUUUUAAAUUUAUAUAU